AUGUCUGUUUUAGCAGCGGAUUCUUCGAUCCCUUCGUUUUGGAGAUCAGACUUUCAAGAUAGUUUUCAAGAUUCAAGACCAAAAACAACAACUGCUCUUCCGUUCGAUGAAGUUUCGGAUGUUGAUGAAGCUACUAAUGUUAUUGACGAUGAUGGCCUUGUAAUGAAAACAGAGAUUUUUCCAAACGUUUCUGAUGCAUCCAUCACAAAUGAGCGAACUGAUCUCUCCUUGAAACCGUUUACUACCAUAAGAAGACCUUUUACUUCAUCCGGCCCUAGCGCGGUUUCAGUACCUUUACAUUCCUUAAAUUCUUCAGACAAAGAAGCCAUCGAUUUGAACUCGCCUUCAUUGCACCAAAAAAAGAAGUUUCCGUUUUUACCAAAAAAUCAGAACGGUCGAGAUUCCAGCUCUCCUGAUGAUAUCUUUGCAGUCCCUGCCACGAGUCUCAAUUCUAAAUACCGAGCAUUUGACGUCGGUUCUGAAACAAGAAGACGCUAUUUAGAACUUUCCCAACUUCAAAAUCGUCAGCGAUAUGCCAGCAGGAUCAAAAGUGCUUCUCCGGCAUUAUUAGAUACGUCUACUCUAGAUUCCAGACUGAAUUUCACCAUGGAAAGGUUAGAACGGUCUAUAGCUCAACUUUCAAAAAAUACAAUGCGUGCUGUUUCACAUUUGGAAAAUCCUCCUAGAGAUAUUACCAUACCGAAUAUCAAUAAUAAACAUGCUGCUUGGCCAUUGCAGCAACCGACCGCACUGCCAGCCGACUCAUCAAAAUCCAGACCUUAUUCUGUCCCAGCACCUUCCCCAUCCCAAUCCGAAGAAUAUGAAGCCAUGAAAUCUGCUGCUACUUAUUCGCCUGCUCGAACCAUCAAUAAACGCAACCCUUCGGAGUCUCCUAUGCCACCAUUGCCUUCUAAUCCUACUUCACCGUCUUCAAAGAAACAAGAGAAUCAGCCUACAGAUUUAGGUACGCAUACUCCAAAUACUUAUGAGAUGUCCUCUCAUCAUGCCGACAAUGCUAGCACUGCUUCAUCAGAUGCUCUAUCGCAUUCUGUCAAUUCCUUCCAACCUCUGCCAAACAAUAGUGACUUAUUUUUUAAACUUCAUUUAAGCAGUGUUGAUGAUGAUUUAGACAGAAAUCAUCAGAAAGAUGUUUCUGCACCGAAUACCUACACUCCUUCCUCCCGUACCGAGAUCAUAAACUCACCUGCUCCUCGUGCAAGUGAAACUCCCCAGUCAUCAAAAGCUUCUCCGUUCCGCUCUACCCCAAAGUUGAAUUCGGAUCCUCCACCUCAAGAAGAUGUUUCUAUCGUUUCUGACUACGAUAGUUCACUCCGCCAGAGGUCUGUACGCCCUCAAAAACAAGAACAAGAUGAAAUUGCUGCAGAUUCUGGAUCUAAAAAUUCAACACCUCCUGAACCAACGCCAGUUUCUCAGAAUUUACCGGCCAAGCAACAACCUCCAAAGACAACUAGCCAAGUUCCAAAGAAGAAAAAGAAAUCCAAAUUGGAAAAGCUUUGUUGUAUUAUUGCAUAA